CCACCAGUCUGCCAAGGGCACAGUAAAGCAUGGGACUUAGAAGCUGUACGCACUUGGCCACGCUGUUUAUGACCCUCUGGGCAUUAGCCUUCUGCUUCCUGGUGGUGGUGCCGAUCCCAGCGCAGACGACUAGUCUGCAGAACGCUAAGGAUGAUCGGCGACUACAGGAAUUGGAGUCAAAAAUUGGUGCGGAAUCCGAUCAGCCCAAUGCGAAUUUAGUUGGACCAUCAUUCUCUCGAUUCGGGGACAGACGUAAUCAGAAGACAAUCAGCUUCGGUCGGAGGGUGCCACUAAUUUCUCGCCCAAUGAUACCAAUUGAGCUGGAUCUCCUCAUGGAUAAUGAUGACGAAAGAACGAAAGCUAAGCGGUUUGAUGAUUACGGCCAUAUGAGGUUUGGCAAAAGGGGAGGUGAUGAUCAGUUCGAUGACUACGGUCACAUGCGCUUCGGCCGGUAAACACUUGCCACCAUUUUAGUCAUUUAGAAAACCGAUUAUGUAUAUUGUACAUAGAUAUUAAUC